GAACAAACCACGAUCAUGGCUACGGAAACGAUACUUCCGAGGCUUCUCCUCUCUCAACUCCCUGUCGAAAUCACCCUCGAGGUCGCAUCUAAGCUAUCUUUGUCUGACGCCCUGUCAUUGCUUUGGACAUGCGCGUCAUUCUACGCGUUAUCUGGCCAGCGCAGCUUCUGGAUUGUGAUUUUAACCACAGCCCGCGACCACAUCCCUCUCCUGUGUCAGCCCUAUACUGAUUUCUCCGUAUAUCCUCUCGACAAGCUCCGCGAGCUAGUAUAUUCACAACUUCGCCUUGAGGGUAACUGGUCUCGGUCUCAUCCUCAAGUGAAAAGACACCUCCCUCCCGUAAAAUUUGGCGAAAAGGUUGAAAUACUUUCAACCCUGCAAGGCACUGGCCUUGCACUUCUCCACCUGCCAGAUAGCCGGAAACUGAUCUGCUGGGACACAGAAACAUCAGGGCAAGAGCCGGUCAUUCCUGCUAUACCGACAACAGGUCGUAUUGUGGGCGUGUCGGCCCCGUUUGGACUGGGAAACGUGAGUUAUGUAGCAGUUUUGAUUAUGCAAUGGCAUGAACCAUAUACAACCGAGAGACACCUGAUAACCAUCCACCACAAAGGGAAGAUUGUCACCGCAUUCACCAACGAGUUCACCCUCUCACGCACUCCGAAUGGUCACUAUUUCGAAUCUCUCUUCCUCACCGAGGACCUAGUCGGAACGCUCCUCGUGGAGGAAUCCGACAACCAGUGCUUACUCUCCUUCACUGGAAACAAGGAGAUCAUGUCUAAACCACAGACGUCCGCCAAAAUGGAUUUGCCCCAACAUAUAUUUAACGAACGCGACUUGACAGUGUGUUUCGCGUUCCGUGGCCACUUGUAUAAUCUCAUCGAAGAUGGAGAAGUCGUCCAAAUCCAACACGUUUCCCGCAAGAGCUUGUCCUCGGGGCGAUGUGAGGAGACGAAUCUGUUCACGUCCAAAAUCAGUGCCGAAGAGGUGCUGCAGCCCUUCUGUUUCAUACUCCCCAGCAACCCUCUGUACGGAAUCGCCGCAGCAUUCAUCCAUUUCCACACUGCCCACCCCAAAAUUCAGCUGAUUUUUGUCCCCGCAACUAUCGACAUUUCCAACGGAGACGAUGAAGAGGAUUCGCCCCUGAUUUUCGCGCCGGAUUGCCACAUUGUCAACAUCGAGGGGCGACCAGCGGACAUAUCGCUGGUGUGGAUGGACCACAGCGGCUGCAACGUCAUUUUCAUCGUCGCCACUCAACUUACUGAGGCUGCCGAGGGUUUGAGUCUUAAGCUUCUCCUCGUGCGGUACCGCCGCGAAACGCAGAGCUCAACAGUCCACCGGUUGGCGCUUCCGGAAGAUUUUGACGGCGCUGUCGCUGCGGUAUCGGUCGACGAGACGAUGGGUGCGGUCCAUUUGGUCAGCGCAGUGGGCACCUUCUUCACACUAUAUUACGUUUAA